AUGUCGGAGGCGAUGGCGGACGCCAAAGCCGACGCCGCCAAUGGCACCGGCAAGGUUCCUCCAGAGUCCGCUGCGGCGCCUGCCCAGCAAAUCCCCAUCUCAUCUCUGCCGACAACACCGUCUCUUCGCACACCUGUCAAUAGGUGGCAGGCGGGCAAGAGAAAGGUUCUCUCUCUUGUGGGCUCGCCUGUCUGCCUAAUCACCGGCAUCACCUUCCUGCUUUAUACGCUCAACGUCGUGCACAUCAUCCCGCGCACACUUUGGAGCACACACAAGAACCUCUUUAUCUUGCUUCAAGAAGCCGUGGGUAUAGCUGUGAAGAUGGAGGACGGAUCCAUCAUGCGCAUCCUCAAUCUGGACUCCUCCAGAAAUCAGGAUAUCAUGAACGUCUACUUUCAUAAAUUAUUCGAUGGUAAAUCCGUCGUCAAUGGCCUCGGCAGCGGUGUCCUGUACAUUCUCCCCGAGAAGUUGGACGAAUGCCUGGAGAUCAUCAAGAAGGGUAGACAGAAGGGCCUUGACUACCGGCAGAUGUUCCCAAAACUGGCCUACAGGUUUUUGGCGAACGUCUUCGAUGGCGUACGAGGGUCCAUUAUCGCCAACCGUGUGGGGCCCGCCGAGCGGUCGUAUGCACACAUUGACGUUGAGAACCCUUCGGACUUGGAACUGCUCGUGAGCGACGAUGACAAGAAUGCGGACGCCGGCGACGAUGCCACAGGCAACGACGGCCCCUCUGCCAACGAUCCCUCGCAGGUUUCCGAGGACGACCUUCCUCCAGGGUUUCGCGCAAUUCCGGAGGGCGCAGACAACGAGAUUACCCACAACUUCCGUGACGGACCGAUGUCUCUCGUCGCCCACGACUGCCCCAUCUUCUUCUGCUGGGAUGCGACGCUCAAGCUCAAGGUUCGUGUCGAAGAGGAGCGAGCGAUCGAGGAAGAGAAGGCGCUCGUCGCUCGGGCCGGCAAAGGCGAGGCGUCACAAGCAGUCCGACGCAACUUUGCGCCGCUCUCCGACCGGGAAUGGGCCCUCUAUCACAAGCUCUGGGACGCUCUUGGCGACUUGUUCGAACCGCAGACUCAGGAGGCGAAGGACCGUCUGGAAGCGGCUGUUCAAAAGGCACUCUUCGAAGGACGAACCAGGAAGUCGCCUCGCCUCGCAGCCCUCAAGACCGAGGCGGCCAUCAAGUCCGCGCCCUUGGCGCCUGUUCCGCUUCGUGUGACUCAGUCGGCGGGCCCUGUGGCAGCGUCUCUCCGCGCUUCACCUCUCUCGGGCGCUCUCCCUGCCGAACCCGUCGCCGCGUCUUCCUCGCACAGGUCCGAGAAACGGCCCGCUCCGCCAGUUGACUCGGACGCGAAGGAGCCUAAGCUCAAGAAGAAGCGUGUGUUGGACGCGUCUCGUGGGUAA